AAACUUAUUAAAUAGAUUUAGAUAUGAUUAACUCUCACAAGUUUCUUAGACUACGUGUCUGCAAUAAUCACUCUCUUGUCAGUCAAUCCCCCUCCGCGUCUAUCUUCUUGAGGUCACUCAGAAGCGCCUCCUCGUCAGGUGAACAGCAGGACCUUGUGGUCAUCGGAUCUGGCCCGGGAGGUUAUGUCGCCGCAAUUAAAGCUGCCCAGCUGGGCCUCAAGACAACCUGUGUUGAGAAAGGGAAGACGCUCGGGGGCACCUGUUUAAACGUGGGUUGUAUCCCCUCCAAGUCCCUUCUGAACAACUCCCACUACUACCACAUGGCACACAGUGGGGACCUGGCCAAGAGGGGCAUCAAUAUGGGGGGAGAAGUGACCCUAGAUUUGCCCAAAAUGAUGCAGCAGAAGUCAGAUGCAGUCACUGCACUCACAUCCGGAAUCGACUACUUGUUCAAAGCUAAUGGAGUAACGCGGACAAAUGGCUUCGGAUACAUCAAAUCUGCCAACGAAGUGCAAGUCACGGCCGAAGACGGAUCCGUGUCCACAAUUCCCACCAAAAACAUCCUCAUCGCCACAGGCUCCGAAGUGACGCCUUUUCCAGGAAUCGAAAUAGACGAGAAAAAAAUCAUAUCUUCCACCGGAGCUCUUUCUCUGGACGAAGUGCCGAAAGAAAUGAUCCUUAUUGGAGCCGGAGUGAUAGGUUUGGAACUGGGCUCAGUAUGGACACGUUUGGGAUCCAAGGUAACUGCGCUUGAGUUCCUAGGACAUGUCGGAGGCAUGGGAAUCGAUAUGGAAAUUUCAAAGACCUUUCAAAGAUUGCUGACCAAACAGGGCAUGAAGUUCAAAAUGAACACGAAAGUCACAAGUGCUGCUAUUGGCUCCAAUGGAAAAGUGUCCGUUUCAGCUGAAGAUAAAAAGGGAAAAAGUGAAACGAUAGAGUGCGAUACAUUACUAGUUUGCGUGGGUCGCAGACCCUAUACAGAGAAACUUGGCUUGGAAAAUAUCGGAGUCGGUCUAGACAACAAAGGAAGAGUGAAUGUAAACUCGGCCUUCCAGACUUCAGUUCCCAACGUCUAUGCCAUUGGAGAUGUUAUAACGGGACCCAUGCUCGCACAUAAAGCGGAAGACGAAGGAAUCGUUUGUGUAGAGAGUAUAGCAUCAGGAACGAAACCGCAUAUAAAUUACGACGCAGUGCCGUCUGUGAUCUACACGCACCCGGAAGUGGCGUGGGUGGGGAAAAACGAGGAAGACUUGAAGAAUUUGAAGAUAGAGUACUCGGUGGGAAAGUUCCCCUUCUCCGCCAACAGCAGAGCCAAAUGCAACGACGACACAGACGGACUAGUCAAGGUAUUGGGCGAUAAGAAAACGGAUCGACUGCUAGGCUGUUACAUUGUGGGCCCUGGUGCUGGUGAAUUAAUAAACGAAGUGGCUCUAGCAAUCGAGUAUGGCGCCUCUUGUGAGGAUGUGGCUAGAGUGUGCCAUGCGCAUCCAACGAUGUCAGAAGCUGUGCGAGAAGCUCACCUUGCAGCCUUCUGUGGCAAGGCCAUCAAUAUGGCUUAAGUCUGCGGCUGUUUUAGGCUGGUAUUUGAAACUGACUCCAAUGGCUCCUAAUCCCCCCACCCCCUCGCCCAUAUCAUUCCAAUACUUUUUCUGUCCAACUAAAACGCUAUUAAUGACAUUUUUGAAUCAUUUUAAUGAUUUACGUACUUAUAGUUUGUAUCCUAUGUUAGCAGCGCUUUUAAAGAGAAACCAUUCAAAGAAAACUGCAGAAAAUUGGAAGAUAAAAUCAAUUAGAGGGGGGUUGGAAAUAGCCUAGAAUGGGGAUUUUAGAGUUGUGUACUAUAGAUGCGAAGUGUUGAAAACUAAACAGCUUAAAACUGUUGAUGAAUUAUUGAGAUUUACUUUAACGUAACUAAUUAAUGAAUUAAUUGACUGGUCAAUUAACGUAUUUAAACACAA